AUGUGGGACUAUAAUCUCAACAGAAAGCUUAUUGAGGAGAUUGUAAAUCUCAUGUCACCAGAAUUGCUCGAAUAUAAAGCUGGGGUAUAUGAUUUCGCAGCACUUCGUUAUGCUGCUCAGUAUGGAAAUUUCGAAGCUAUUGUAUUAUUGGUAAAUAAGAAUCCCACGUUGCCUCUGCUACGUGAUAACCGAGGAUUUACACCACUAGAUAUAGCUCUUCAAAAUGUUUCAAUUUACCAGAAGGAGGUAGUUGAAUAUCUUUACUCUGUAACUAAAGACGUGGUAAACCCAAGUCCAUUCUCGGGAGAGGAUGGUUCUUCUACUUUAUGCGAACUACUUGAGGCCAAUUUCUAUGUUUCCCGAACUGGCAAUGACAAAAUCAAAGAUAUGUGCGGAUUGGAGGUGAUGGUUCGAAGACCCUUUGCAUUUAAAAGUGGCACUAACCUUACAUGGUGGCAGAACCUCAUCUAUCCGUUAAUUCAAGUGGAUAUGAAAACUACAUGUAUCCAAUCGAUGGAACCAGCCGAAUGCACCAUUAGAGACGAAGAGAACCCUGCGCCAGAAAACUUAGAUUCCAACAAAAUGAAAGAAAGCUCAAAACUCCCCUCAUCAACUACUUAUAGAGGACUCAUUAUACCCUACUUAACACGCGCGAUUGGCAUCGAACAUCUAUAUAAACAAAAGCGGGUGCACCAACAAGCAAAGGCACUGAUUAAACAAAUGAUAGCAGAGAUCUGUAAGUCAACUACAAUAUUGAGGUUUUUGAGGGAUAAUCCAAACAUCAUGAAGAUAGCUAUAAAGCAUGGGAUCGUAGAGUUUGUAUCGGAAUGUCUCAAGAAGAAGAAGACUCUAUAUUUUCACAAAAUACCAGUAGAAACCAUGAUAGAAAUGGCUAUUACAGAACGGAAAGAAAUGAUAGUGAAUUUCAUAUGUAAAACCGCUGACAGACAUGGAGACAAGAUUGAUCUAGUUUCCAGAAGAGAUGGAGACAACAAUACUAUUUUGCAUUACGCUUCCAAGCUAGCGCCUUUAGCUCAACUCAGUCUAGUCUCAGGUGCAGCGCUCCAAAUGCAACGAGAAAUGCAAUGGUAUAAGGGGAUAGAAAGUAUAGCACGGGAAAGUGAUCGGUACACUAGAAAUAAAAAAGGAGAUACAGUUCAGUUCAUAUUUACCGAGGCACACAAGGAGUUGGUGAAGGAAGGCCAAGAUUGGUUAAAAGAUACGUCUGGUUCGUGCAUGAUAGUUGGCGCCUUAAUUGCAAGUGUAGCAUUUGCUGCUGCUUUUACCGUUCCAGGAGGUAACAUCAGUGAUAGUAACAACGCUUUGAACGGCACCCCAAUAUUUUAA